AUGUCUGAUGAGGAAGAUUCAUCGCCUGAUAGGGCAUUAGUGUCAACCAACAAUGUGCCAGUGCUGGGCAUUAAGCGUCUCAAACAAAUCGAGACGAUGUUCGUCUCUCGACGGCUCCAAGGUCCCAGCACGAGCGGCUUCAGUGUGGAGACACUGCUGGAUAUGCUGCUGGUGUUGUACGAUGAGUGCUGCAACAGUAGUCUACGGAGGGAGAAGGCUGUAGCUGAUUUCAUACAAUAUGUUAAACCGGUUGCUUUGGCUCUCAAAAGGCUUCGACUCUCUCGUGAUGACUUCGAGCUGGUUAAGGUGAUCGGACGCGGGGCUUUUGGAGAGGUUUGCGUCGUACGAGCAUCUUUCAUGCAGGGCUCAGAGGGCGGCAACAUGGCGGCUGCGUCUGGCGGAACGAUAUCCACAACAACGGGCGAGAGGGUGUACGCAAUGAAGAUAUUGAACAAAUGGGAAAUGCUCAAGAGGGCCGAAACGGCGUGCUUUCAAGAGGAGCGAGACGUUUUAGUGUUUGGAGACAGAAGGUGGAUAACAAACUUACACUAUGCCUUUCAGGAUGAACAUAAUUUGUACCUUGUGAUGGACUACUAUUGCGGCGGUGACCUGCUGACGCUGUUGUCCAAGUUUGAGGACCGGCUGCCAGAGGACAUGGCCAAGUUCUACAUCGCUGAGAUGGUGCUUGCCAUACAGAGUGUGCACGAGUUGCGAUAUGUACACAGAGACAUAAAGCCAGACAACGUAUUACUGGAUGCAAGCGGACAUAUUAGACUGGCAGAUUUCGGCUCUUGCUUGCGGCUAGGUGAUGACGGCAAGGUACAAAGUAAUGUUGCUGUUGGAACUCCUGAUUAUAUAUCUCCAGAGAUUUUAAGGGCCAUGGAAGACGGGCAAGGACGUUAUGGGCCAGAAUGUGAUUGGUGGUCGCUAGGUGUUUGUAUGUACGAAAUGUUAUUUGGCGAGACGCCAUUUUAUGCCGAAUCCUUGGUAGAAACAUACGGGAAGAUCAUGAACCAUGCCCGUUGUUUCCACUGCCCCCCACCGGACGAACUAGCUGCUCAGGUAUCAGAAGAAGCAAUAGAUUUGAUACGUCGAUUAAUUUGCUCUUCAGAGAACAGGCUGGGGAAGAAUGGGUUGCAAGAUUUUAAGAGCCACCCAUGGUUCACCGGCCUGGACUGGGACAACCUACGCGAGAUGCAGGCGCCGUUUGUUCCAGAUGUGUCCAGUCCCACCGACACCUCCAACUUCGACGUCGAUGACACAGACGUACGAUUGUCUGAAGCUGUGCCUCCUCCGCCGCCGUCAGCUGCUUUCUCUGGACGCCACCUGCCCUUCGUGGGCUUCACGUUCACCGCCGGCUCGCGCCUGUCCGACCUGGGCGCGCCCGCGCCGCUAAGCCCCGCCAAGAAUGCUCCCAGCCAGGCACCAUCAAACGCCGGUGAUCGUGCUGCGUUAAAAGCACUAGAACGCGAAAACGCUUUGCUGGCGCAAACAAUAGCGGACCUUAGAGCCGGUGGCUCUGGCUUGGAGAAUGGCAGCGAAGAAUUGAUUCAGCUGAAAGAAGAAAUGGCGGCUCUGUCAAAAAGGAAUUGCGACUUGGAAACUCAAGUGAGGUGCUACGAGCAACUUAGCACCACCGUCACCUCACAAGACCCUUCGAGCACAACGCAAGAUAUUCCAACGCGACUUCGGGAGAUGGAGUUGCUUGUUGCAUCGCUGAACUUGGAGAAGGAGGAACUGGUCAAAGAUAAGACGGAUGCUUUAGAGAAGUUGAGGUUACAGGAUAAAGAAUUAAAAGACGCGUUGUCGCAAUGCAAACUGGCUAUGACGGAAUACAAUGAAGUAUCAGAAAGGUUAUCGGAGCUAAGGCAACAGAAGCAGAAGUUGUCGCGGCAGGUCCGUGACAAAGAAGAGGAGUUGGAAGUGGCGAUGCAGAAGAUCGACGCACUGCGCCAGGACAUCCGGCGCGCGGACAAGGGCCGCCGCGAACUCGAGGCUCGGCUCGACACCGCCGUCGCCGAGGCCACCAAGGAGAGGAAGCUACGAGAAGAAACUCUCCGAUCACAGCGAUCUGAAGGUAUGGCGGUAGCGGGGAGCGGCACAGCGGCUGAUGUGGCGCGUUUGCAGGCUGAUGUCGAGGCCCUCGAGUCGCAGUACAAGGAGUCCCUGGCGCAGCAACAAGCGCGCUACAGCGCGGAGCUGGCCGCGCUGCGCGACCAGCUGCAGGAGGGCGACGCCGUGCGCAACGUGCUCAGCCGCGAGCUACAAACAUCCAAAGAAAAACUCGAGAGCCGUCGAUUGGAGCAGCUGUCGGACAGCGAAGACAAACAAAUGCUCAUCAACGAGAACAGGAAACUGGCGAAGGAUCUUGAUGCGAUGGCGGAGAACGGUCGACGAUGGCAGACGGAAAGGAGACAGCUGGAGAUGGAGUUGGAGGAGUUACGAGCAAAGAGAGACACUAUGCAUCAUUGGGAGGCACAGAUUGCAGAUAUUAUUCGAUGGGUGGCUGACGAGAAGGAGGCUCGCGGCUAUCUGCAGGCGCUCGCAACUAAGAUGACUGAAGAGUUAGAUUAUCUAAAACACGCGAGCGGGACGCGGGGCAGCGGGGUGCCGUCUUCCCCGCCGGCGGUGGGCGGCGCGGGCGCGGCGGGCGGCGCAGGCUCGGGCGGCUGGCGCAACCGGCGCUCGCAGAAGCUGGACAAGAUGGAGAUCCUCACGCUGCAGUCCUCACUGCACUCCGAAAUACAGGCCAAGCAGGCCGUCGGCGAGGAGCUUUCCCGCACGCGCGCGGAGCUGCUCGCCAGCCAGAGAGAAUUACUAGAAACACGGCAGCGCUUGGACUCGUUGGCUCACGACAUGAAGCGCAAGGAACAACACAUCAGGGACAUGCAGGCGAAGCUCGACGCCCCUCUGCAGCCCGGCAACUCCUCGAGGCAGGGAUCCGCCAAAUCAUCGACAUAUUGGAGCGGUAAAGAAGAGAACGUUUUGGAUCGCCCGCCUUCACAAAUGAGUUACUUGGACCAAUUUCUCAAAGACGCCCCGACGGAAAGGCAUUACGACAAUGUCGUCUCCAUGAACAACGAGCAAAAGAUGUCGCUGCAAUACCGUUACAGAAAUGCUCAGCAUUGUUGCAAUGCAAAGUUACUGUAUGGAUCACAGCAAUCGACAGCAUUGAGUGGAUCCGCAGAGUCGCCCGAUGAAAUGGAACAGAGGGCUGCUUCGCCCGCCUCAAGCAAGAGUUCCCCCAGUGAAAUGUCCACGGAUCCCUCGAUAGGACCAGGAGGCAAACAAAAGGUUCACCAGUUCCUAGUCCGUACAUUCAGCAGUCCCACCAAGUGUAAUCACUGCACUUCACUUAUGAUCGGGCUGACGCGGCAGGGUGUGGUGUGCGAGACGUGCGGGCUGGCCGUGCACACGCGGUGCUGCUCACGCGUGGCGCCGCGCUGCCCGUUACCGCCGGAGCGCUGCCGCCGCCCGCUUGGCAUCGACCCGGCGCGCGGGCAGGGCACCGCCUACGAGGGCUAUGUCAAGGUUCCGAAACCAGGAGGCGUGAAGAAAGGUUGGAUGCGACAGUUUGUGGUUGUUUGCGACUUUAAGCUAUUUUUAUACGACAUUUCACAAGAUCGGAACGCUCUACCAUCAGUAUGUGUUAGUCAAGUAUUGGACAUGCGGGAUCCAGAGUUCAGUGUGACCUCGGUUAAAGAGUCUGAUGUAAUACACGCCAGCAAGCGUGACAUACCUUGUAUAUUUAGGAUAUCAACGUCACAAUUAGAAGGCGGUAAACGAUACCAUACCCUAAUGCUAGCAGAGUCUGAAUCCGAGAAAACAAAGUGGGUAGUGGCGCUCAGCGAACUCCAUAGGAUAUUGAAGAGAAACAACUUACCUGACAAAUGUGUGUAUUCGGCGUGCGUGAUCGCGGACGCGAGUGCGGCGCUGAUUCGUGGCGCGACGUGCGCGUGCGUCCUGGAGCGGUCACGGCUGUGCGUGGGCGGCGAGCUGGGCCUCGCGCUGCUGGACCUGGAGCGUGCCGAGCUGGUGCCGCGCCGCGCGCACGCGCCCGUAGCACGCAUUCGCUACGUGCCGCACGAGCAGCUACUGGUGGUGAUCGCCGGGCGCGGGCGGCACGUGCGGCUGGUGCCGAUCCGCGCGCUGGAGUGCGCCGAGGUGGAGAGCGUCAAGCUGUCUGAGGCCAAGGGCGCCGUGGACCUCGCCGUGGGCGAGCUGCACGCCUCGGCCUACGGGUUCGCCGUCGUUUGCAAACGACAGAGCACGUGGGUGGUGUACGUGUACGAGAUCACGCGCACGGCGGCGCGGCGCUGCCGCGUGGCCGAGCUGCGCGCGCCGGGCGCCGUGCUCAGCGUGCAGCUGUCCCGCUCGCGCCUGCUGCUCGGCUACCGCGGCGGCUUCGCGGCGCACGCGCUGCCCGAGCCACGCCGCGCGGGCCAGCACGCCGCGGACCAGCCCGCCAUCUCGCUGGUGCACCCCGAGAACCAAGUGAACAUGUUCCUGUCUCACUCUGGCGCACGGCCUUUAUGUGCCGCUAGCUGCGGGCCCGACUGGCUGCUGGUGUUCAGCGCGCUCGCUCUGUACGUGGACCGCGCCGGUAUGCGUGCACGAGAUGCGGAGAUCAUGUACACCGCGCAGCCGCUGUAUCACGCUAUAAACGACACGCAUCUGCUAAUAUUCACAUCGUCACAUAUCGAUAUUUACGAAAUCGAAUCUGGAGAGUGGGUGCAGACGUUAAAUUUACCGAAUGCGCGUCCGCUGGACGAAUCGGGGUACGUGGUAUGCGUCGGUGGCGGCGGAAACAACGGAUUCCCCUUCUCGUCAGAUUCCGCGCCGUUCUUAGUUUACUUACGACCGCUUUUUACACAGGGUCCAUUAAAUGUGGAAAUAGCGACGACCUGGGGCACCAACAAGCGAAGGUUUUCAGUCCGGGAGCAGUCACAUCAAGCGAUCGAGGCACAUAACAGAUUAUCGGAGCGUCGUUCAAGGCUGAUCUCCGCGCCCACAAACUUUGCCCACGUUUCACACAUGGGCCCCGGCGACGGCAUCCGAUCACAACGACUUCUAGACCUGCCCACCACCGUGGAGACUGCGGACGAACAGCACCAGCAGCAAAUGUACGGCAGCCGGGAGAGUAGUAAACGAACGUCACCCUUGACCAUAUCGCAUGGUACCGGUUCAUAUAAUGGCUCAUGGCGGCGACGUGACACAACCGACGCACCGAACGAACCAAUGGGGCGCGGAAUGGACAGGUCAAUAGGCGGCGGUUCUCAAGGCAGCGGGUCGCUGUUGCUGGAGCGCUCCAUCACGCCGCUCAGCCUGGGCAGCAUGAGCUCGCUGCACGACGUACUGAAGGUUGGCACCGAUAUGGGCGAAGGCUUACAUUCGGAAGAUAGCAGUUGCGGGGCCUCGCCGCCCCAUCCGCUGGACCCCUGA